GCGAGGGGGGAGCGACGCAUUAUUGCAGUAGAGGAGAACAGCUCGCAGACACGCUGCGCUAAUCCAAAAACCAUCGCACGCAGAUGUUUAUGCGCGCGUCGCUUUCGUCAGAAGAGGACAGCGUUGGUGUUAGCGGCAGCCGGCCCAAGGGAAAUCGAAAUAGUCACAUACCUGGGCAAGACUAUACUGAAGACUUGUAUAUAUUCAGUGCGAACUGCUUUUGACUUAAUUGUCCGUGAUUUCUCUUGGAAUUCACGCAAAGAAGAAAGCGCCAUAACUGGAUUACAAACACCUCCAAGGGAUCUCAGAUCUUUCUCUCUGCACUUCAACGUUCUACCAGCAGAACUCGUCGGACUGUUCUUUGAGGCUGAAUUUUUAGCCAGCGACCCUACCCCUCUAUCUCGUAUCCAGCUUACUCCUCCACCGUCGUCUUCAUCAGGGCAAUAAGAAAUAGCUGCAUAGAGGAUGUCCGCUCCAGCUCCAGACGCUGCGGCCCCUGCUGGGCCCCCCGGAGCCCCUGGUGCUCCUGGUGGAGAGGGUGCGCCAGCUGGAGGUCCUCCUCCUCCCCCAAACACCAGCAGUAACCGCCGGCUACAGCAGACACAAGCGCAAGUGGAAGAGGUGGUGGAUAUCAUGCGCGUGAAUGUGGAUAAAGUCUUGGAGAGGGACCAGAAACUGUCUGAGCUGGACGACAGGGCCGACGCACUGCAGGCUGGGGCAUCACAAUUUGAGAGCUGUGCUGCAAAGCUGAAGAACAAGUACUGGUGGAAGAACUGCAAGAUGAUGAUUAUGAUGGGUAUUAUUGGAGUCAUCGUGGUUGGAAUAAUUUUCUUGUAUUUCUUCUCAUAACCUCACUGAGCUCGCAGGGAGGAUUAAAGGAGGUGGAAAAAGCAAAGCAGAAAAAGCCCACUCCUAUAACCUCCAUGCCUCUUCCUGCCACCCUUCUUCACUCUCGUCCUCUCCAUCUUGCCAGCUGAUACUGCAGUGUGACCAUAGUAAAGAGAUGCACCUGAGCUCUGCAUUCUUCCCCACCUGCUGGGCCAUCCACAUAUGCUUUAAGAGUAACACACACACACACACACACUCUCACACACACACACACACACACACAGACACUCUCUCUCUCUCACACACACA